CGGAGCCGGAGCGGGGCGGGACGAACCGGGCGCACUGGCGGCGGCAAAGGGCGGGGACAGGCAACAGCGGCGCGGAACGCAGAGCGGGGAAGAGGAGCUCUGGCUCCUGGUCUCCGCUGCCACCAUGGCCACCGUGGACCUGGAGAAGUUGCGGAUGUCGGGGGCUGGCAAGGCCAUCGGAGUGCUGACCAGCGGCGGCGAUGCGCAAGGUAUGAAUGCUGCUGUCAGGGCUGUGACCCGUAUGGGCAUAUAUGUGGGGGCCAAAGUCUUCCUCAUCUACGAGGGCUACGAGGGCCUUGUGGAAGGAGGUGAGAACAUCAAGCCAGCCAACUGGCUCAGUGUCUCCAACAUCAUCCAGCUGGGCGGCACCAUUAUUGGCAGUGCCCGCUGCAAGGCCUUCACUACGAGAGAAGGACGCCGGGCAGCAGCCUACAAUCUACUCCAACACGGCAUCACCAACCUGUGUGUCAUUGGUGGAGAUGGCAGCCUCACGGGUGCCAACAUCUUCCGCAAUGAGUGGGGCAGCCUCCUGGAGGAGCUGGUGAAGGAAGGUAAGAUCUCAGAGUCCACGGCUCAGAAACAUGCACACCUGAGCAUUGCUGGGCUGGUGGGCUCCAUCGAUAACGACUUCUGCGGCACCGACAUGACCAUAGGCACAGACUCGGCCCUGCAUCGCAUUAUGGAGGUCAUCGAUGCCAUCACCACCACUGCCCAGAGCCACCAGAGGACCUUUGUGCUGGAGGUGAUGGGACGUCACUGCGGAUACCUGGCGCUGGUGUCUGCGCUGGCCUCAGGGGCUGACUGGCUGUUUAUCCCUGAAGCACCCCCUGAGGAUGGCUGGGAGAACUUCAUGUGUGAGAGACUGGGCGAGACUCGGAGCCGCGGAUCGCGACUAAACAUCAUCAUCAUCGCAGAGGGUGCCAUUGACCGGCAUGGAAAGCCUAUCUCGUCCAGCUACGUGAAGGAUCUGGUGGUUCAGAGGCUGGGCUUUGACACACGAGUGACCGUGCUGGGCCACGUGCAGCGAGGAGGGACGCCCUCAGCCUUUGACCGAGUCCUGAGCAGCAAGAUGGGCAUGGAGGCUGUGAUGGCCUUGCUGGAGGCCACGCCCGACACACCGGCCUGCGUGGUCAGCCUCUCCGGGAAUCAGUCUGUGCGGCUGCCUCUCAUGGAGUGCGUGCAAGUGACAAAGGAGGUGCAGAAGGCCAUGGAUGAGAAGAGGUUCGACGAGGCCAUCCAGCUCCGUGGCAUGAGCUUCGAGAACAACUGGAAAAUCUACAAGCUCCUUGCCCACCAGAAGAUCUCUAAGGAGAAGUCCAAUUUCUCCCUGGCCAUCCUGAAUGUGGGAGCCCCCGCCGCCGGCAUGAACGCCGCUGUGCGCUCUGCAGUGCGCACCGGCAUCUCCGAGGGACACACAGUGUAUGUUGUGCAUGAUGGUUUCGAAGGCCUGGCCAAGGGUCAGGUGCAAGAAGUGGGCUGGCAUGAUGUGGCAGGCUGGCUGGGGCGAGGUGGUUCAAUGCUGGGGACCAAGAGGACGCUGCCCAAGCUCCACCUGGAGGCCAUCGUGGAGAACCUCCGCACCUACAACAUUCACGCCCUGUUGGUUAUCGGUGGCUUUGAGGCCUACGAGGGUGUGCUGCAGCUGGUGGAGGCACGGGGCCGUUAUGAGGAGCUCUGCAUUGUCAUGUGUGUUAUCCCGGCCACCAUCAGCAACAAUGUGCCCGGCACUGACUUCAGCCUGGGCUCAGACACCGCCGUCAAUGCGGCAAUGGAGAGCUGUGACCGCAUCAAGCAGUCAGCCUCGGGGACGAAACGUCGUGUGUUCAUCGUGGAGACCAUGGGGGGCUACUGCGGGUACCUAGCCACUGUGACAGGCAUUGCCGUGGGUGCCGAUGCCGCCUACGUCUUUGAGGACCCUUUCAACAUCCACGACUUAAAGGCCAAUGUGGAGCAUAUGACCGAGAAGAUGAAGACCGACAUCCAGAGGGGCCUGGUGCUCCGAAACGAGAAAUGCCAUGAGCAUUACACCACGGAGUUCCUGUACAAUCUGUACUCCUCGGAAGGCAAGGGUGUGUUCGACUGCAGGACCAAUGUGCUGGGCCACCUGCAGCAGGGAGGGGCUCCAACCCCCUUCGACCGGAACUAUGGGACCAAACUGGGGGUGAAGGCCAUGCUGUGGAUGUCAGAGAAGCUGCGCGAUGUCUAUCGCAAAGGGCGGGUGUUCGCCAAUGCUCCCGACUCCGCCUGUGUGAUCGGCCUGCGGAAGAAGGUGGUGGCCUUCAGUCCAGUCAUGGAACUCAAGAAAGAUACCGAUUUUGAGCACCGCAUGCCACGGGAACAGUGGUGGCUGAAUCUACGGCUGAUGUUGAAGAUGCUGGCACACUACCGCAUCAGCAUGGCAGACUACGUGUCGGGGGAGCUGGAGCACGUCACACGCCGCACCUUGAGCAUAGACAAAGGUUUCUAGGCCGCCAUCACCGCCCUUCCAGCUUUCCUGGACUCUCUCCCUUCCAGUGCCAGCCACAGAUCCCAGCACGGAGGGGAACUCACAUGGAACUCGGGGCCUGUGGCUGGAGGGUGGGGUGUCUAGUGUGCUGCUCUGGGGCUUUCCUCCCCUAGCUACCUCCAGGAUGGAGCACCUGGGGAGCCCUCACCUUCCGGCCCUGGCUGGGCAGACCCACAUUGCCUCUCCCUCACUGGCCAGCUGGCUGCCUCACCACAUGGCUGAAAAGAGCCUUACCUUUUUUAGAAAUAAAGUCACCCGACUGGA